AUGUUUAACGAUUUGCACUUAAAGAUUCUUAAAUUGGCUCAUGAUGGAGAGCUUCCUGGGGAAUGUGUAUUGAAGGGGACCGAAAUGUUAAACGAACACUUGAUUAAAGAACAUAAGGGCCCGUACAGUGACAUCGUUAACCUGCUCUAUGGCUUUAACAGGGACAUUUUCGAUGAUUUCAAGGAUGAUUUGGACCCUGACUAUGAUAAACUGAUAAACUCGAUGGAUUCAAAGCUGAAAUUGAAGCCGUACGUUAGUAUAUACGACAACUCAAGGCUACAAGUGGACAAGAAGAGCAGACGCUCCACGAAAAGGAAGCUCUACAUUGAGAAUUUUAGUGAUGGAGACUCGGCUAUUUCUAACAUUCCCCUCUCAAAUCCGGCCAGGAGGUUUUUGAUUAGGGCUAGAAAAGAGUUCAGGUACCCAAGAUUGAGAUCAUUUAAUCGCAAAUUUAAAAAACAUAAAAAAUUUGGAUCUGGUACACAUUUGAGCAGGUCUUCCACCAAGGAAAGUGUUACCCAGCCCGAGCCUAAGGAAGUAAAGAGUCUGUAUCCCAAUCAGAAGAAGACUUUCCUUGGGCCUUUCAAGGCUGUUGCCAAGAUUCAGCCUGAAAAAACAGCAGAAACACAAAAACUUGACAGACCCGAGAAAGCAGUACCGACUCAGAAGUUUGAGAGGCCUGAGAAACCCAGAGUAGAACGUGCUGUUGAAAGAACAAUAGACAAAGCUGCCGAAAGGGCCGUUGAAAGGGGCCCUGAUAAGGCUGCUGAAAGGCCCGGGGCCAAGUCCCGAAAUUGGAGCAGCUACGUGGUCGAGGAAAAGAAGCCCUCGUUUAGGUCAGGACUCGAGUACCUCAACACGCGCAUCGAAGAGGGCAACGCGAAGCCCAUCCCCGACCUCGACACCACGAGGCCCAGUGUGCCGAGCUACGGGUUUUUGGGUGCAAAGCCUCACGUGGGCCUCCCGAGCAACACCGGCGGCAUUCCGAGGUACAACCUGGGCGACUACGGCAACUACAGGCCCUACCAGAAGGGCAACGCGCGAAGCGACGUCCCCAACCUCGACCCGAAGUACCUCCCUCUGGUCACCGGCGACGUGACGCCCGAGAUCAUCAACAUGGUGCUCGACAUGAAGGUCUCCGAGUGCCAGAAGAUAACCAGGGACGAUAUUGUGGGCCUUGACGACGUGAAGAAGGUGAUAAUUGACAAGAUCGUCAAUCCCAUCCUCAUGCCGAGUCUGCACAUAGGCCUCUUCAAGGCCCCCAAGGGCAUUCUCCUCUUCGGCCCGCCCGGUACCGGCAAGACCACGAUCGCCAACAAGUUUUACGGUGAGUCCGAGUCAAUCACCAAGACUCUCUUCAAGGUCGCCCUCGCCGACUCUCCCUCGCUCAUUUUCAUUGACGAGGUCGACGCCAUUCUUGGGAAGAGGAAGGCCAACGAGGACGACUCCAGCGUCAGGAUGAAGAAUCAGCUUCUUCAGAUGAUGGACGGCAUUAACUCCGGCAGUCUUUCGCGCGACAGGGACACUGGCGAGGAGAGGGUCGUCAUCGUCGUCGGCGCGACCAACCGCCCUCACAUGCUCGACUCCGCCGCUCUCCGCAGGUUCACCAAGAGGAUCCUCAUUCCUCCGCCCGACCACGCGACUCGCGUCAAGUUCAUCGUCGACAUUCUGAACAAGCGCUCGAGCACCAGCUGCUGCCUUUCUCAGGCCGACCUUGAGAGGGUCGCCUCCGCCACUGAGGGGUGGACUGGCUGCGACCUUCUCACUCUCUGCUACAAGGCUGCCGAGUACUCCUACGACGACACUGUUGCUCUCUUCGGCGGCAUUGAGAACAUUCAGAGUUUCAAGGACUUUCGCGGCGUCGAGAUGAAGGACAUUGAGCGCGCUCUUCAGUGCACCCGGCCCUCCACUGACGAAAGUGUUGACUUUUUCAUCGAGUGGAGUGCCAAACACGGCUCUGUCUAG